AAAUCUUCGUUUUCUUCUAAUCCUAUCUGAAGAAAAUUCACACAUAAGAGAUAAACCUGAUUUAAGAAAUCUUAAGUUUUUCUUGAGAAAAUUUAAGCCUUUAUUGUGAUAAUCUUAACAUUGACUGACUAGUGAAUUUCACUCUUUGACUCCAAUAUUCUUCUUUCAACACCUCAUGUCCUUUUCUUAUCCUUAUUUUUUUUUUAUUAAAAAAUUGUUUAACAAUCAAUUUAAAUAAAUAAAGAAAAAGCAACCUUCUGAUGAAAAGAAGUAAAGCUCAAAUUCUUCGCAUUGUACAUAAAUACACCGCCGUGGUCUCGUGCAGACUCGCGCUAAAUGCACCUUGGCAGUUGGAAACAAUUGAGAGAAAAAGAUUUUUCGCAAUUGCGGUGGAGUCUUUAAAAGGCGGUCUCACAUCCAGUACUUGAGGCAGUUGCAAUUUAGUGGUUGAUCGUAGUGGAUUUACAGUGCUUAUCCCUAAUUAAACCUAACAAUAGGUGUUACUUCUCCUGAAUUCUCGCUGUUUUUUUAAAUAAAAUUUAAAUGUGAAUGGACAAGAUUUUUUUUUUAUAUUCUUAAGAAAUCUUUAGAAAUCAUUAAUUUUUAUAUGCAAUUUAGUGAAAAAGUGUUUCCUUUAUCUUCUCAAAAUCCAAGAAAUAAAUAGACUAUUGGAAUCUUAAAGUUCUUCAAAAGUGUCGCAGUUUAUAGAAAAGAAAAUGUGCAAAAGAAUCAAUCAAAUAAAUUUAAAUAAAAUUCUUUCUGAUUUGUGUAAUUAAGCAGUCUCACACGUGUUCUCCCGAGGGAUUGUUGUGUAGUGAAAAGCAUCGCAUAAAAGAGAUUUCACGAUGCUCGUGUCAUGUCAAUGUGGCAUUUUGAUAUGCUGAGAAAAUUUUCACGUGAAGAACAUCGAGUGAAAAAAAAACCUCCAAGUAUUUAUUGCAACAGCACAUAGCUCUGCGCCAGAGAUAAAACUCUUUUAUUGUUGCAACGCGGUGCGAAUUGAGACACUCACGGUUUCAUUCACAAGCCCAAUAAGGGGGAGAUUAUAAACAAAACAAUAAAGUACCCACUAAAUACGUUCUUUUCAUUAUUCUAUGCUCAAAGUGUUCAAUGGUCAUUGAGAAUAAUGAGAAUGUUCUGGGUGAAAAUUCAUUUUGUAGUCCUUCUUAAUGUCCUACACAGUGGAUGUGAAAUUUUAACGGAAUCUGAAACACCCGAAAGGGAGAUUUUCCUGCAACCACGACACUUCAAUCCGCAUCCCUUUGAAUCAACAAAUCGCAUUGAUCGACAAAUUCAACCAGCUUCCACGAGUAUCUUCAAUCAAGGACCCAUACAGUUCCCCCCAACAAAUCAGGAUGUUCCUCCUGGUGGGAGACCUAAUCAUCCCUAUGCUGUAGUUGCACAAAGAAAUCGUCAAAAAAGUCUUCAAAGAUUUGCAGGAAUUGAUAACAAUGUCCUACCAACUGCAUAUGUUCCCCUUGCAAGACAUCCAAAGAAAUUCCUACCAGAUCGACGAUAUGACUACGAGGAUAUUUAUGAUGACUACUCAUCGCACAAGAAGCAAUACGCCUUCUCCUACAGUGUAAAAGAUGAUUUCUCCCAUAGUCAGCAGCAGAAGGAUGGAACUGUCAGGGGAAGCUACAAAGUUCACCUUCCUGAUGGACGAAUUCAAAUUGUGCGGUAUCAUGCGGAUGAUAAUGGUUACCAUGCUGAUGUAUCGUACAAUGAGGGAAAACCCCUUCCACCCCCUCUACCACCACCACGACCCACAUUCAACUACCUCAAGGGUUUCCAUGCAGAUCAUGCACCUCCGGAAGGGCCUCAACCGAGAAAUUUCAACUACAACCUCUACAUUGGACAACCACCACAUGCUAGUGCAACACCAGCACCAUCCCCUAUUCCAACGAUUCCCACAUAUGGUGAUGUCCAUCACAGUGUUCCCGGGCCAAAUGUUCACAUUCAGAGCUACAAUACAGCUGCAGAGGUAUCCGCGAGAUCCACCGACAUUGCCCCAACGACACCAGCAACAAUCAUUCAACCAACAUCGUACUACCUUAAAUCAACAACACUCCCCGCACCACGAAUAAGUUUCUUGACAACAACACCAGCAUCACCCUAUCAGGACAUCACUGUGGUCGGUGCUAAUAAGCUCCAAGCAUCAUUGAAUCCCUACGGUGCCAGAAAAGCCACGGCUAUUGAUCCAACGGGAAACUAUGAGUACGGCAAUUCAGCACCAUCAUCCACCUAUGCAACAAAUUAUGAUUACGACUACGACAGUGGCUACAGAGUUUCAGGCAUAUCAUCAACUGAAGCUGCUGCUGCAUCACAUCAAGCACAUGAAGUCAAUAAUUUAGAUAGCAAUGGUGUUGCUCUCUACUAUCAGGCAGAAAAGUAAAUGUGGUGCUAUGUAGGGUUCUUUAAAAUCCCUUUUAGGAUUGAAAUAAAUUUUCAUUAAAAAAUAAAA